AUGUACCCCUUUCUAUCGGAUUUGAAUACAUUACAAACAGGCGUGCUUGUUGGAAUAUCGUUUGAGGUUGUGAGCAACCAAAAUCCGAGCCUUGAACAGGCGCGCGCUUGUUAUUCCCGUGAUUUGGCUAGUAAUUACACAACGACGGAGCAGAGUGCAACACCAAAAGUGCCAUCUCCAACCAGACAUUUUCCGGAGCUUGCUGUUGAAAUAUGGUUCGUUGUCACAUUAAGAUUCUGGGGUAAAGUCAAACGCCAACAAUGA